CCCAAAUCAAGAUGCGAGAACCUCCAUCAGUCUCUGGGUCUCCUGCGCGCGAGUACUGUACCUCUCCAGAUCUCUUAGUUUUUCUUCUGCGCAUCCCGUAAGUCCGUAAGGUGAUGCAAGCCCUCCAUAGACCGGUGCUGGUCCGAGCACCCAAGACCGAGCUGUGGCUGGAGAGGAUGGCGGAGUACCAGAACCAGAGCUCCGUUAAUGGAUCUGGAUUCGACUCGAACCGCUUCAGCAACUUGGAGGACAUCGACGUAGCCGCGGACGGCACGCCGGAGCUGCGCAUCAUGAUAUCCGUCGUGUACUCGGUGUUGUGCGCGGUGGGUCUGGUGGGGAACCUGCUGGUGUUUUUCCUUAUGAAAGUGCGACAAGGACGGAAAAAGUCCACGAUUAACUUUUUCAUCCUGAAUCUCGCGGUCACCGACUUUCAAUUCGUGCUAACACUUCCGUUCUGGGCUGUGGACAACGCGCUGGACUUUAGCUGGCCGUUUGGACACGCCAUGUGUAAGAUUGUCCUCACGGUGACCGUGAUGAACAUGUACGCGAGCGUCUUCUUCCUCACCGCGAUGAGCGUGACGCGUUACUGGUCCGUGGCUUCAGCGCUCAAGGAUCGAACCCGCAACAAAACGUGCUCGGUGAAGAUGGUCAGCGCGCUAUUGUGGGUCCUCGCCACGGUGGCCACGGCACCCACGGCCAUAUUCUCCACUGUGUCCAAGAUUAACGGCGUCAAACUGUGUCUGCUGAGGUUCCCAGAUGGACAGCACUGGCUCGCGCUCUAUCACCUCCAGAAAAUACUAGUUGCAUUUGUGUUUCCGAUGCUCAUCAUCACUGUGUGUUAUUUGCUCCUUUUGCGCCUCAUUCGCCUCAGAAGCAUGAACAACAAUCUCCCGAAACGCAGAUCUAGAGUCACCAAAUCUGUCACUAUUGUGGUCUUAUCAUUCUUCAUAUGCUGGCUGCCAAACCACGCCAUCACCUUCUGGGGCGUCCUGGUGAAGUUCAACGUGGUUAACUGGGAUAAAGUCUACUACAUGCUCCACACAUACGUGUUCCCGGUGACCGUCUGCCUGGCGCACGUAAACAGCUGCUUGAAUCCGGUGUUGUAUUGCCUGAUGCGGAGGGAGUUCAGGAAAAUGUUGAAGGAUUUUUUCUGGCGGAUUUCCUCGCCGGCCAUCGCCAACGGCUGUCAGGUCCGUCCGUUUUCCGGUACCGUAAAGGAACACGACGACAGCCAGGCGGUGAUUCCGUUGAAUGUAAUGGAGACUGAGCAGUUCAGACUGUCGGUGGUGAACGGGCCAUGCGACGCGUUACCGUCCACAGACUGCGCCAGUCAAAGGUCCCCCUCAUGCCGCCAAAACAGCUCUGACCCGUCGAGGCAUGGAAAGUAACAUCCACAUGAAUGAUAGGACUCAAGGUUUCCCUGCAGAACAUCACCCAGAGCAUCACACUGCCUCCGCCAGCCUGCCUCCUUCCCAUGGUGCAUACUUUUUGGCGGUGGACAGGGGUCAGCAUGGACACUUUGACCGGUCUGCGGCUACGCAGCACCAUAUGCAGCAAGCUGCGAUGCACUGUGUGUUCUGACUCCUUUCUAUCAUGACCAGCAUUCAGCAGUUUGUGCUACAGUAGCUCUUCUGUGGGAUCGGACCAGACGGGCUAGCCUUCGCUUCCCACGUGCAUCAGUGAGCCUUGGGCGCCCAUGACCCUGUCGCCGGUUCACCGGUUGUCCGUCCUUGGAACACUUAGGAACACCCCACAAGACCUGCCGUUUUGGAGAUGCUCUGACCCAGUCGUCUAGCCAUCUCAAUUUGGCCCUUGUGAAAGUCGCUCAGAUCCUUACGCUUGCCCAUUUUCCUGCUUCCAACACAUGAAAUUCAAGAAUGGACUGUUCACUUGCUGCCUAAUAUAUCCCUCCCCUUGACAGAUGCCAUUGUAACGAGAUAAUAAAUGUUAUUCACUUCACCUGUCAGUGGUUUUAAUGUUGUGGCUGAUCAGUAUACAUACACCGAUCAGCCACAACAUUAUAACCACCUACCUAAUAUUGUGUAGGUCCCCCUCGUGCCACCAAAAGAGCGCCAACCCACAUCUCAGAAUGCUUCAGUUAAUGUGCACAUCAACCAUCAGAAUGGGGAAAAUAUGGGACUGUGGCAUGAUUGUUGGUGCCAGAUAGGCUGGUUUGAGUAUUUCUGUAACUGCUGAUCUCCUCUGUAUAACUGUGGUGAGAAGAAUAGCAUCUCAGAAUACUUCUGAUUUGAAGUGUAAUAAAGCUGUGUCAAUGACCAAUGCUCUGACGGGAAAGAAUGUAAACAGUGUUACUAAGUUGUCCAUUUGCUGGGCAUAA